CAGCUUGGAAACUGAUUCAGAAUGAACCGUGGAUGUAUAAAGAGAAGGAAUGAACUGGGGAUUGGGAUUGUCAAAUAAUAUAAAAUAACUGUCCUCUAUUGUGUUUCAUUCGUCCUGGAUCAUCUCCGCCGCGUUUACCGCGACAAGAACCAGAAAGGAGGAAUAGUAGGGGAAACAAUAACGUUUUUCUUAGUCAACUAGCAAGCUAACAAGCUAGCUGACGUUAGCUCCAGGCUCACAUAGACAGCAGCAUCAGUAGCUGCUCAUAAUAAAACACAUCAGCUCUCUCUGAAAUGUAUGUUCUUUACACAAUCAUUGCGUCUUUAGUUUCUUUUUUCAUUUUGAAGUGGAUGAAAAAGAGGAGGUAUUGCACCGACCUGAAAAGACUUGAUGGCAAAACAGUUCUCAUUACAGGUGGGAAUUCUGGCAUUGGCAAGGAGUCAGCUAUUGCCUUGGCAAUGAGAGGCGCCCGUGUCAUCAUCGCUUGCAGAGAUGCGGACAAGGCUGAGAAGGCUGUGAGGGAGAUCAAGUUCAAGAGUCACAGCCUUAACAUCCUUCACAUGGAGCUGGAUCUGGCCAACCUGUGCUCUGUAAGGGAUUUCUGUAAGAGCUUUCUCCAGAGAGAGAAGAGGCUUGACAUCCUGAUCAAUAAUGCUGCCAUGCCCAGUGUCCUCGACUGGACGGACGACAGUUUCAGCAUGUGUUUUGGCGUCAACCACUUGGGUCACUUCCUCUUGACCAAUCUGCUUCUGCCUCGCCUGAAGGAAUGUGCCCCCAGCCGGGUGGUCAUCCUCACAUGCUCCACAUACAAAUACCAGAAACUGGACUUCCAGGACCUCAACUACAACCUGCUGCCCUUCUUCACUUACUGCCGCAGCAAGCUGGCCAACAUCUACUUCAGUCAGGAACUGGCCCGCAUCACAGAAGGGAAAGGAGUGACCUCCUAUGCUGUGCACCCUGGUUUUGUCCAAAGUGGUUGGACGUGCCACUACUCCAUCCUGUUCCGGAUGCUGAUGCAGGUGAUCAUGUGGAUGUUUUUUGUGCCGUGUGAGAUUGGAGCUCAGACUGUCAUCUACUGUGCUGUGUCAGAUGAAGCUGCCAAAUACAGCGGGGGUUACUUCGUCGACUGCCGACCAGCUACUCUGCGUCCUUUCGCAAGAGACGCUGGUGUGGCAAAAAAACUGUGGGAAGCCAGUGAGAGACUGGUGAAACUGGCCUGAUGAUGGAAGCUGGUUCUUUGUUUUUAUGACAAGAGUUAUGUAUUUAUUUUUAUUUUUACAUAUUUAUGUUUUUCAUUAACAUUUUGUUGUGUACAAUGCAUUGUACUAUUUGUAUCUUUUUAUUGUUUUUCUCAAAACUUUUAGAGUCAACAAUUCUAAGGCAUUUCAUAUGGAAAGUUACUGUAACUUGUUAAUGUACUUGUUAAUAAAUCUAAUGGCACCACCUGCUGGUAGGAACAA